AUGUGACUUUUAUGGUUAUUUCCUCUAGUUAUCGCUGAUCCUACGAAUAUUCAACUCUCUAUAAGCUCAAGUGGACAUAUAGAAGUAAGAUGAGAUAUGGUAUUUUACAUUUAGCAUCACUACUCAUAUUCAUUUUUAGUUUAUGGCAGAUUAAGUAGUUUCACAGAUAUUUCUCAAUUAGCGCAGCGAGGCAGAUAUGUAAAAAGUUGGCCAAAACUUGCUAACUCUGGAAUAAAGCAUAUAACUAUUUAAGAUUAUUGAAAAACCUGCUGUCAAGUUCCAGAAGGCCAUUAAACUUUUAUAAUAAUUUAUCUCUUACUCGCCAGUCCACACACAGUCUUCACUGUGCUAUGUUUCAGAACGAGGACUUACAACCAUCCCCCUGAAGUCAGAAGUCUUUGUCACCUUAUCACAAGUCAAUAGGAUGCCUGCCAUGGAAAAUCCAAAAGGUCGAAGAAGCUACCUAGGGCACUGCUCACUUCCCCCCCCCCCCCCUCCGUGAGCGAACAAAAAAAUUUUUGUUCGCUCACGGAAGGGGGUUAAUUUUUUUUUUUUAAAAAAAAAUUUAUAUAUAAAUUUUAUAAAAAAUAUUUUUUUCGAAAUUUAAAAAAAUCUUAAUUUGCAAAAAUUGGGGAAGCAAAUAUUAAUUUAAUUUGCAAAAUUUAUGUUUUAAAACGCAAUUUGUUUAAAAUUAAACAGAAUUAGCUCUAGAUUUCAUUAUACUAAUUAUCACUUAUAUAUCAAAAUUUUUUUCCAUUUAAAAUUUUUUCUAUUAAAAAAAAAUUUUUGUUCACUCACGGAGGGUGGGUUUUUGGUCAAAAAAUGGCGAUUUUUCUAAUGGUUUUGUUCGCUCACGGAGGGGGGGGGGGGAGUCAGUCCAUUUCUAACUUCUAUCCCAAUACCAUGAGUAAAAAGCGUUCCAAAAAAGCUCUUGGUAUAUUAGCUAAGCCAUCUCAUUGCCCUUCAGGUCACAAUCUACAGGAAUUAAGAAUUCUGGCCGAUUUGCCACUCCAUUUUAAUAUAUACACUGCGGAAUCAAGCACAAAGCAGAAGUGAAAGAUUUACAGCCUGAAGAAUUAUAUGUCUAUCAAGUAGGAAGUGAAGAUGAAGGAUGAAGUCCUAUUUACAGCUUUGUAGGGCCAAUUAAAAGUGAAGAGCAUUACCCUACAUUUGCAAUUUUAUCUAAUUUGUCUGAAGGAAGCCAAUCUUCCAAAAUUUUAAGUCAACUUGUCGCGAGAAGCUUUAUCGAAAGAUUGGAUGGGAUUUUUAUAUAUGGCGCUAUGACUUCGCAACCCCUUUAUGACGUGACUCGCACAAAUAUACCUACAAUGCUAAUGCCAAAAUCAAUUAAAGAAUCUUAUUACAGCAUUCAAUAUUCUCACGUAUAUUUAAUCAUUUUAAAUACUUAUGCAAUCACUCCAGACCAAUUUUCAUGACUUAAGCGAGAACUGAAUUCAGCUCAAUCAUAUGCGUGGACUAUAAUAUUUGGCGAACACCCAUUAAGCGAAAUAAAUACAAGCAAAACAAAUUUCACUGAGUUGUUUUUGGACGCAAAAGUGAAUUUGUAUGUUGCUUCAGGCGAAUUUUAUGAAAGGUCAAAUAUUUUGUAUCGUGUAAGUGAUCACCAAAUUGACUAUACAGCAGAAUUGUUGGAAAUUCAAAUGGGGCCAUCAUGCACAAAAGAAAAGAGAGCUUUAGACUCUAAUGAUACUGAAAUUUAUGCAUCUUUACACCCUGGGUAUGGAAUUUUGCAUUUAAGAUACUCAUUUUUGAGAUGGCAAGAAUAUAGCUCGAACUCUCAUAGGCUGAUGGAUGAUGCGUAUGAGCACAGAGUUGGCCUAGUUCCUAGGAAAGGAAAUGAAAAGAAAACAGUGAUAAUUGUGCUAGUUACCUCGUUUGUUAUGUUUUCAGCAGCAUUCAUUCAAUCAUAUUAUAUGAGAAGAAGAAACAAAAAGAAACAAAAUGGAUUGAUAGACUUAUCCCUCCCUCCUUGAACGAGCAAAACUAUAAAAAAUUCCUAUUUUGGGUUAAAAUUACUAUCUGUGAGAGAAACAAAAAAUUUAUUUAAUAUACAAAUUUUUAUAAAAUAAUAUUUUGAUAUAUAAAAGAUAAUUUAAUAAAAUCUUUAGCUCUAUUGAGCUUUAAAAGAUUAAACAAAUUUUUUUACAUAAAUUAAUUUUUGCGAAUUUUUUUUUAAUUUUAAAAAAAGAAGAAUUUGUUUUUUAAUUAAUAAAAAAAAAGCAAACUCUUUGUAAGCAAACAAAAUUUUUUGUUCGUUCACGGAGGUGAGUUAGAUAAAGAUGUAGUAGAUUAA